AUGUACUACCACGUGCUGGUUAUUUUCGCUCACAAACCAUGCCUUACGCUUCAUAAAACAAUACAGAGCUUCAAAACCCAUUCUAAGCGAGUGCGCAAUCUUAUCAAGAAGCUAGAGGCUAUUAUUGGCGUUUUGGAAUCAUUAAGCGACACGAUACAGCUGCAUAAAGAUGUAGAUAUCUCCUCACUUAAUCUACCUUUGCGACGAUGUAGCAGGGCUUGCGACGAGUUUUUACAGGAGCUCCAAAAGUGCUGCUCGCGAUCUGGAGGCGAUCGACAAAGCUUUCGGGACUGGGCCAAGCUGAGGUACAUGGGUGAUGACAUCAAUGAUUUUGUGGAUUCGCUAGCAGCAUACAAGUCAACAAUCAAUAUCGCGCUCACAGACAUUCAGCUUCGCAAGACUUCUGUUACUCUAGAGCGGCUUGGAGACUACAACGACCUUAUCACAACAGCAACGAACGAUCUCGAGGCGCGACUCGAAACUAUUGAUGAAAGGCUCCAAUCUUUGGUAGAGCGCACUACGUCAAGCUCAGCAACAACAGAACUUCAAAGCUUGGAGGACGAGCGCUCAAGCACGCAAAAGUGUCUUCUGAUUUGCGCCCAGUUCUCCAAGCUUAUCCAGCAGCUGCAAUCAUCAUCAGCAAGGGAUCUUCCCCAAGGCUUAGACAGCAUACCUGAGAAGAUCACGAGCGAUGGUAUACGAGAAUGUAAAAUCAGUAUGGAGCAAACAACUGCAAAGCUAGAAAUGCAUAUGCAGGACAUUUUGGAUCGAAUGAUGGCCAGUUCAAGCGUAACAAUGACACAAGAAGAUGUAAGACACCUUGCAAGAUUGCGCGAGGAAUGGAAAAGUACUCGUAAAUGCAGAGAUAUUUGUUCCCAAGCAGAACAGCACUUAAAAGAGAACGUAAGUGUCAUCGACAACUACGCUACAGGUGACGAAGCCGUGCAAUUUCUGGUAUCAAAUAGCCAAAAGACAAUACAUGGAAAGAACCGUGGAUAUGGGGACUUCAUCAAACAACUCGGUGGUCACCUCAGCGACCAGUCGAUCCAGAAGGUAUCCGGCGAUUUUUUGCAGAUGAGUAUUCAGAGGCCUGGAUAUGGAUAUCCGGAUGACAAGGUACCAGAAGCCAAAGGUAUAGAUGAGAGAGGAACAAACUGGCGGCCGGAAUAUGGUGGAGGUAGGACGCUCAAGUCCCAGCCUGUUGCAAGCGACUCAAGGCAGUCAAGCUGA